CUGCGGACCAUCCACAGGGCAGGCCCUGAUAGGUCAGCUGGAAGAAGAAAGCAGCUAACCCCUGGGAGGGAUUAAAAGGAGCCCUGCCCCACUCUCCAGGGCUGCUCUUUGAGGCCCCCCGCUGGAAAUUUCUCUCCAGUGUGCUUUCUCUUUGCCCAAAACAAUCUCUACCGAGUUUGAGUCUUGGCUCUGAAUUCUUUUCUUGGCCAAAACUCGAGUGCUGAGGUGGCCGAACCCAGGAUUGGUCUGAUCCACUGGCCAGACACCGGUGCCCUUCCGCCGCCCACAGCAGAGCGAUUGAUUGACAGAGACGCGAACGCGCUUUGCGGGACAAACGGGGGUGUUCGUCUCACAGGUGAGCUGGCCAAGCUGUCGCUUCGCGUGCUGUUGACAAAGGCCCGACGGCUUGUGGGUGGGCUCACCUGCCUUUUCAAUGUUGGCCACUCGGGCGGGACCGCCCACACCGCGCGCCCCGCCACGAAAGAGCUAGUCUGGCGCCAGCAGGACAGACAAGGCACAUGGCGGCCUUAUUGACAAAAAUCGCGGCGGACUCUCGCCCGCUCCGCUCGGCUACGCUGAGCCCUCACCGGAGGCAGAGUCCAACGCGGGGGUCGGGGACUGCGGGGUGCGCGCCCCCAGCCCCGGGGAGGGCAGCGGAGGAGAGCAAAGCCCCGCCCCCCAGGAGGAGCACCGAUCCGGUUCGUCUGCCUCUUUGUCACCCUUCAGUUAGCUUCCAGCCCGUCUUCAUCACGCCAGGCCGAUCCUGCCGCCGAUUGGUCGGCAUCUUCCUGGUGCGAACCGCCCUGGCCAAUCAGCGCUUGUCAGUCCACCUCACAAGCCCGCCGGAAGCAGCUCGAGAGCCCGAGGCCCGUUAAGAUGGGCGGGAAGUGGGCGUGGUGGCGCCGCGCUGGGCCCGCCUCCGCUCCUGCCCCGCCCGCCGCGCCUCCCGUGCCUUAUCCUGGUGUCGGGUGCGAUCCGAGGUACUAGCCAGGUGAUCUCCGAGGCCCGGCAUCCUGCCGUCAACAUGGAGUUCGUGAAGUGGUUGGGGCACCCGGAGGAGUUUUACAACCUGCUGCGCUUCCGGAUGGGGGGCCGGUAUAAGGUGAUACCCAAGAUGGACCAGCUCGAGUUUAGACAUCAGCCCCAAACCAUUAGAUUUAACAGAGGAUUAAACAUCUGGCAAUGCAGAAGGAAAUCAUUGCAGCCUGAUAACAGCAAUUUACGUGAAGAACUGGCAUGGAGCUUAGACUCGCUCAGCAGCAGCCUGAAGACUUGUUACAAGUACCUGCAUCAGACCAGUCGCAGUUUCGCAGCCGUUAUCCAGGCGCUGGAUGAAGAAAUGCGCAAUGCAGUAUGUAUAUUUUAUCUGGUUCUCCGAGCUCUGGACACUCUGGAAGAUGACAUGACCAUCAGUAUAGAAAAAAAAGUCCCACUGUUACACAACUUUCACUCUUACCUUUAUGAACCUGACUGGCGGUUCAUGGAGAGCAAGGAGAAGCAUCGACAAGUGCUGGAGGACUUCCCAACGAUCUCCCUCGAAUUCAGAAAUCUGGCUAUGAAAUAUCAAACAGUGAUUGUCGACAUUUGCCGGAAAAUGGGAUUUGGGAUGGCGGAGUUUUUGGAUAAGCACGUGACCUCUGAAGAGGAGUGGGACAAGUACUGCCACUAUGUUGCCGGGCUGGUGGGAAUUGGCCUUUCUCGUCUGUUCUCGGCCUCAGAGUUAGAAGACCCAUUAGUUGGUGAAGACACAGAGUGUGCCAACUCCAUGGGCCUGUUUCUGCAGAAAACAAACAUCAUUCGUGAUUAUCUGGAAGAUCAGCAAGAUGGAAGAGAGUUCUGGCCUCAAGAGGUUUGGAGCAAGUAUGUUAAGAAGUUGGGUGAUUUUGCUAAGCCGGAGAAUAUUGACUUGGCCGUACAGUGUCUGAAUGAACUUAUAACCAAUGCUCUACAUCACAUUCCAGAUGUCAUCACCUACCUUUCCAGACUUAGAAACCAAAGUGUGUUUAACUUUUGCGCUAUUCCUCAGGUAAUGGCCAUUGCUACUUUGGCUGCCUGUUACAAUAAUCAGCAGGUGUUCAAAGGGGUAGUGAAGAUUCGAAAAGGACAAGCAGUAACCCUGAUGAUGGAUGCCACCAACAUGCCAGCUGUCAAAGCUAUAAUAUACCAAUAUAUGGAAGAGAUCUAUCACAGAAUCCCCAACUCAGAUUCAUCUUCCAGUAAAACCAGGCAGAUCAUCUCCACCAUCAGAACACAGAAUCUUCCCAGCUGUCAGCUGACCUCCCGAAGCCACUACUCCCCCAUUUACCUGUCGUUUCUCAUGCUCCUGGCUGCCCUGAGCUGGCAGUAUGUGAGUACCCUAUCUCAGGUCACAGAAGACUAUGUCCAGACCGGAGAACACUGAUCUGUUCACCAUGAAAUAGACUGACCUUUUUUUCAAAGAGGGAUAUUGGCUUCCCCUUUUCUCCCCUCCUGCUUUAAUCCUGUAAUUCUGUGGGCUUGGACCCUGAGAAACUGAGGUGCAGCUGAGAAGAGAAUAAAAGAGGAUCCCUCACCCUCAGCACCUGCUACCUGUGGGUUGUGCUCACCUGCACAUGGUGGCUGACGGUGCACUCGGUGGUGCAGGUCGGGAAGUGGUUGCCCUGGGACCCCUGACAGAUCUGUGUGCAUCCUGAUUAGUUAUAAUUAAAUGUGUUUAAUUUAAAGCAACCUUUGAUCUCUUAUCCUAGUAGAAAAGUGAACUGAAUUUUCUUCAUGUUCGUUUGUUUUUCUCAUUUUUUUCUUCAGUUGAUUUGAAGGUAAUAGCUGUGAAGUUUACAGCUCUGGGUAAUUUUUCUGUUUCCUACGAAUACAGACCAUGUUCUGCACAUGAAGGCUGGGAAUUAACUUCAUGGUGUCUGGUAGCAUUUUCUUCUUUGAAGAGGUUACCUUUCAGAAAGAUUGCCUAAGCCCCAUUGUUGAAGAUUGGUCUCGUUAAGGCUGUUUUUGAUUUUGUAAAAUAAUGAAUUACUCUGCAGGGGUCAAAUGCAGUUCACUUGAAAGCUUGGGUGAGUAUGGCAGAUAAAGGAACUCAAGGGUGGAAUUAGUGCUUGAGGGACGGAUGGCACCAUGAUGCCACCUGGUGCAGUACCAAUAAGGACACAGCUGCCUGGCCCUGGCAUGAUGGCCCGCUGGGAGCUGGGAAAGGGGCCCAUGGCAGCCGCCGCGCUGCUCCAGCUGGUAGCCUGAUUAGCUGCCAGCCUUCUCUGCUUUUGGCCAGUUCCCUUAGCUGCUUUCAGGGUUUUAAACUCAGCUUUUGUUUCUUUUCGUUACCAGUUUAUACACUGAAGUCUCAAGAAAGGCAAAAGCCAUCCAUGUUCAGGUGAUUGGCUUGAAAGCUGAAUGGUACGCAGCCCAAUUCUAGCGCCCUGUUCACCUUCCUCCUUCCCAGCACAGCCGUUCUGUGAUGUACUCUCACCCAGUGACUCGCUGAGAUCUCAGCUUGGACUAGGGAGGGACCCGGCCCCACUGGGGUGCCUGAAGCCCCUCAGGCUGAGAAUCGCGGGUAGGGCGCAGCCCAGUGCUUUCUAGAAGCCAUUAGUGCUCUCUGGGUGUAUAUAGCAUACAGCCUACUCUUUGCUGCAGUCCUGUAUGAAGUGCGAUUUGGUGACUUUGAGGUUUUCCCAGCAAUGGUGUUGGAUUUGCAUUGUUGUACACAUGCCCACACUGAUUUUCCUCCUGUGACAGCCGCCACCGGACAGUUGGCUUAGUUUUUUGGUCCAGGGAAGCUUCAGAUAAUUGGUUCAUUGGAGGCUCAGCCCUGGAGAAACGACUGACUUGCCAUGUACCCACCAUUCAGCUGUGAACCAGACUCAAUAGUAAUCUUCCAAGAGGUUUAAAGCAUCAAAGCUUGGUUUGAGCCCUGGCCGGUUUGGCUCACUGGAUAGAGCGUCAGCCUGCGGACUCAAAGGUCCCAGGUUCGAUUCCGGUCAAGGGCAUGUACCUUGGUUGCAGGCACAUCCCUAGUAGGGGGUGUGCAGGAGGCAGCUGAUCGAUGUUUCUCUCAUCGAUGUUUCUAACUCUAUAUCCCUCUCCCUUCUUCUCUGUAAAAAAUCAAUAAAAUAUAUUAAAAAAAAACAAAAAAACUUGGUUUGAGAUUCCAGGACGGGUUAAGAAUUUGUGUGAAGUCUAAGGUGAGCUCUGAAGUUCAUGGUGGACAGAGCCUUGGUCUGAGGUGGACAUCCCAGAAGCUUCUCCUGUGGCUCAGCCACGACCUGUGGGACUUGCCAAGCUUGUGUGGUUUGGUGACCUUAGGCCCCUCCCAGCUGGAAAGCGGUGGAAUUUUUACGUCACUGACUUGGGUAGAGGUCUUAGAUCUCAGGCCCACAUCUCCCUUUCUUGAGACUUCAGAUGUUUCCUUUUAAAUGUUUUUCUACUAAAACUGCCAGAUGAAAUGCAGGGUGAAACCCAGUUAAAACUCGGAUAAAUUUAAGUAUAAUUAUAUCCCAAAUAUCACAUGAGAUAUAUUUAUAUAAAAAAUUGUUCGCUUUCGCAGCACACAUACUAAAAACAGUCUGAAAUUCAAAUCAAAUUGGGCAUCCUAUAUCUUUAUUUGCUGAACCUGGCAACCCCACCCUUUAUACCACACUUUAAUGUAAUUAAUAAAAUGUAUGGCAUUCCUGGCA